CACCAGAGACACAUGAAGACCUGGUCCUUGGGCUUUGGGGUGAAGCUGGAGAUUGUCACCCCUUUUCUGGGCAAGUACCGCCCGUUCGUGGGGCGCUGCUGUCAGACCUGCACCCCCAAGAGCUGGCAUUCCUCCUUCCACAGGCACCUGCCCGCCCUGGGCUUUCACAGCGCCAUCCAGGUGACGGAGGAAAACACCAUGUAUAGGGGCUGGCUGGUAAGAAGACUCUGUUACUUCCUUGCGAUCCUCGAUUGGAAAGUUCAUUCCGACACCCCCACAGACCUCCGGGAGAGAAUCUUCUGCAGCGAAAGGGUGCAGGACGUCCUGUCUCGGCGGGCGCGAGGGGACGGCUCCGUCCGCAGCCUUGUGACAGGUUGGAUCACAGCUGCUCCCAGGUGCAAUGCAGAUGCUGGAAGGGCUCAGCGAUAA